AUGGUCGAAGCACAGCAGCAGCAGCAGGGCAUAAUGGCCCUCCUGCUCUCCCCCACGGUACUGCCGUUCUUCCUCAUCGCCGUAAUCUACACAACAAUCAAGCUCAUGGACAGGACCGAUGUCCCCAAGAUCAAGAACCUACCAGAAGUCCCCGGCUGGCCUAUCUUUGGGAACCUGAUCCAAUUCGGCGAGAACCAUGCCAAAAUCGCACACGACUUGUCAAAGAAGUAUGGACCAGUGUUCCAGGUUCGACUGGGCAACCGCAGGAUCGUAUUCGCCAACACCUUCGACAGCGUGAAGAACUUGUGGAUCACGAAUCAGUCUGCUUUGAUCUCGAGGCCAACACUGCAUACAUUCCACACCGUUGUCUCAAGCAGCGAGGGCUUCACCAUCGGAACCAGCCCGUGGGACGAGAGCUGCAAAGCCAGGAGAAAGGCUGCGGCGACCGCCUUGAACAAGCCGGCUGUGCAAUCAUACAUGCCCAUCAUUGACUACGAAUCAACGAAGUCUAUCAAAGAGUUGCUCGGCGACUCAAAGAAUGGCCAAAUAGAUGUGGAUCCCAACGCCCAUUUCGCACGCUACGCUCUUUCUACAUCGUUGACUCUCAACUAUGGCAUCAAGAUCGAGGGCAAUGUCGACGACAAGAUGUUGGCGGAGAUCACGCAUGUCGAGCGCGAGAUCUCUAACUUCCGGUCAACGAGCAACAACUGGGCUGACUACAUACCCUUGAUGAGACUGAAGCCUGGGAACAACACCAAGCCGCUGGAGUACAAGAAGCGAAGAGCAUCAUACAUGAACCAGCUUCUCAACAUGCUAAAAGAGCGCAUCGACAAAGGCACAGACAAGCCUUGCAUCACCGGCAAUGUCUUGAAAGAUCCAGAAGCCAAGCUCAACCAUGCCGAAGUAAUGUCCAUCGGCCUCAGCAUGGUCUCAGCUGGUCUCGACACUGUCCCAGGCAAUCUGAUCAUGUGCAUCGCUUACCUCUCCAGUCCUGACGGACAAGAGAUCCAGAAACGUGCCCUAGAGGAGAUCAACGAACGCUAUCCCAAUAACGACAGCUGGGAACGCUGCUUGCACGAAGACAAGUGCGAGUACAUCACAGCGUUGGUCAAAGAGACAUUGCGCUUUUGGAGCGUCAUUCCGAUUUGUUUGCCACGAGUGAACACGAAGGACAUCCAAUGGGGCGACGCAACAAUACCAGCAGGCACAAGCUUCUACAUGAACGCCUACGGUGCCCAUUACGAUGACUCCCAUUUCAAGAACCCAUACGAAUUCAACCCAGAUCGCUACCUCUCGGACAAGAGUAUCGACGACGCUGCCGCCACCCGUGGAACGCCGCAUUACGGCUAUGGAGCUGGGUCAAGGAUGUGCAUUGGAACCCAUCUUGCGAACCGAGAGUUGUACACUGCUUUCUUGCGCAUGAUCACAGCCUUCGAGAUCGUGCCACCAAAGGACAAGAAGGACCAGCCAGUACUGGAUGCGUUUGGCUGCAACAAGCUGUUGACGAGCUUGACGCUGAACCCGAAGGAGUUCAAGGUCGGUCUCAAGAUCAGGGACAAGGCAUUGCUAGAUCAGUGGAUCAAAGAAAGCGAGGAAAGGACGAAAGACUUGUGA